AUGCUGGUGGUCCUGCUCACAGCAGCCUUGCUGGUCCUGAGCUCAGCUCAGAGCCAAGAUGAAGAGGUCACCUAUGAAGACACAUCUUCUCAGCUCUUAGAAAUAGAGCAGCAGAGCCAAGGACAUAGUCACCAUCAUCUGAAACCACCUCCUGGAGGAUUCCCCCCAAGACCUCCUGGUUCUGAUGAAAAUGAAGAUGGUGAUGGUGACGACAGUGAUAAUGAUGGCAGUGGGGAAGAUGUAAAUAGACCAGAGAGACCACCACAACAGCAUCCACGUCCUCCUCACCCAGGACACCACCAUGGUCCACCCCCACAGGGAGGCCCUCAGAGACCCCCUCAGCCUGGAGCCCCACAAGGCCCACCUCCACAGGGAGGCCCUCAGAGACCCCCUCAGCCUGGAGCCCCACAAGGCCCACCCCCACAGGGAGGCCCUCAGAGACCCCCUCAGCCUGGAGCCCCACAAGGCCCACCCCCACAAGGAGGCCCUCAGAGACCCCCUCAGCCUGGAGCUCCACAAGGCCCACCUCCACAGGGAGGACCCCAGCAAAGACCCCCUCAGAAUGGAAACCCACCCCAGCAUGGAAACAAUGAACAACCACCACAGCACGGAGGCAAUCACCAGCAUCCUCAGCAUCCACACCCUCCUCAUCAAGGACACCACCAUGGUCCACCCCCAGAGGGAGGUCCUCAGGGACCCCCUCAUCCUGGACCCCCACAAGGCCCACCCCCACAAGGCCCUCCCCCACAAGGCCUACCCCCACAAGGACCACCCCCACAAGGACCACCACCCCAGGAAGGCCCCAAGCAGAGACCUCCUCAGCAUGGAAACCAUCAAGGUCCACCCCAGCAUGAAAAUCAAGAACAGCCAAGUUACCUAUGGUCAUUUUUUGCAUAA